AUGAAUUCUCAUUAUGGUAGUUCAUCUUAUUUAGCAUCGUCUUCUUCUUCUUCAAAUGAUGAUGAUUAUUAUGAUGAUCUAGAAAAACAAGUGGUAUGUCAAAUUACUGCUAACAACAAUUUUUGCAUCACUCAACACCAAAAUAACGAAGGGUCACACAGGGGCUCAAUUCCUGGUCAUAUAGUAGUCAAUCGUGACCGAGAAAAUGCUAAUCACAAUCUCUUCAAUGACUAUUUUGCAGAGAACCCUCGAUUUUCUGCCUCGAUGUUCCGCCGAAGAUUCCGAAUGGGUCGUGCUUUAUUCCUUCAUAUUUAUGAUGUUGUACAAAGGCAUGACAAUUACUUCGUCCAACGAAGAGAUGGACUCGGUAAGCUUGGGUUAUCGGGUCUACAAAAAGUAACAGUCGUAUUUCGAAUGUUGGCAUAUGGUGUACCGGCAGAUGCUACCGACGAGUACAUCAAAAUAGGAGAAUCUACUGCUUUGGAAAGUUUGAAACGAUUUUAUCGUGUUGUUGUUGCGGUCUUUGGAGCCCGCUAUCUUCGAUCACCUAACGCUGAUGAUGUUGCAAGGCUACUACACAUUGGUGAAAGUCGAGGUUUUCCAGGAAUGUUGGGUAGUUUAGAUUGUAUGCAUUGGAAAUGGAAAAAUUGUCCUACGGCUUGGGGAGGACAAUACGCUGGUCGUAGUGGAUCUCCGACUAUUAUUCUUGAAGCUGUAGCUGACUAUGAUCUUUGGAUAUGGUAUGCAUAUUUUGGUCUACCUGGAUCUAACAAUGAUAUUAACGUGUUGGAGGCGUCCCAUCUUUUUGCUGAUCUUGCUGCGGGUGUUUCUCCACCCGCUAAUUAUGUCAUUAAAGGGAAAGAGUAUAAUAUGGGUUAUUAUUUAGCCGACGGACCAGCGCGUCUAUGGAAUAAGAGGAUAUUACAUGAUAUAAUGACUUCAUGUAUUAUUAUGCAUAAUAUGAUAAUAGAAGAUGAACGCAACUUUAAUGCACCCAUUGAAGAACGGUUUGAAGUGUCAAAUCCAGAAGUUGAGAAGGUGGGUAAUGACGAUGCUCGAUUUCAAGAAUUUCUAGCUCGAUAUAGAAAAAUCAAAGAUAAGGAUGCUCACAUUGCACUUCGAAAUGCAUUAAUUAAACACUUGUGGGACGAAUAUAGUAUCGGAAAAUUAGUUUAA